AGGGAGGGUGCAGGCAGGAGGAUCCGAGGCGGCGCCUGCUGACUGGCCCACAAGAGUCACUCUCAGCAGCUCGGCACCGGUUCACUGGCGGCGGUUUCCCUCCUCUUCUGCCUCCUCCUCCUCCUCCUCCUCCUCCUCCUCCUUCUCCUCCUCCCGGGAAAGUCAGCGGACACUUGGCCAGCCGGCUCAGGCCAUUACACAGAUGAAUCACUUCCAAGGCAUCGAUCCUGUCAUGAUUCCUUCAUGUAGCGUAUGGCCAUUCAUGCGUUCCGAGCCUGCUCGGUCUGCCACCAACCUGCUAGGCAACGCUGCUGACCUUUGGAGGGAAUUAAGCCUGGGACACUGCGACCCUUUCCAUUUCGCCUCGUCGCGUCUCGCGCCCGAGCUCACGCAGCAUGUCCACCCCCGCCAGCAAAGAAGUCAAGGAGCUCAACCCCGUCGACUUCAUUCAGCUGCAGCAGUACAUUGAAUAUUGCAGCCUGAAAGUGAAAGACGUGCUGCGGGAAUUUGAUGCAGAUGGCCGCCUGUCCCGGCACAGACACGGAGAGUGCAUCAAUGAAGAAGGCUUCCGUCUCUUCCUGAAAACUUAUUUGGAAGUGGACGACUUCCCAGCAGAUCUGUGCCAGCGACUCUUCCGCUCUUUCCAGAACUCCGAACCUGCUCGGGAAGACAGCGGCAAGGAGGUCUUUCUAAAGGACGUUUCGUGUUAUUUCUCACUCUUGGAGGAUGGUCAGCCUCGGGACAAGCUGGAGUUUGCUUUCAAGCUCUACGACAGAGACGGCAACGGUGUCCUGGACAGCUCGGAAGUGGAUAGAAUUAUCGCUCAAAUGAUGCACGCUGCUGAGUACUUGGGAUGGGACGUGUCAGAGCUCAGGCCGGUUCUCAAGGACAUGAUGACAGCGAUAGAUGCUGACAGCAGCGGUACUGUGUCUCUGGAGGAGUGGGUGGAAGGAGGCAUGAACAACGUCCCCCUGCUAGUCCUACUCGGCCUGAAGAUGACCCAGACAGACGGACAGCACCUGUGGAGAAUGAAACAUUUCAACAAGCCUGUUUACUGCAACGUGUGUCACUGCAUGCUGCUGGGUCUCAGGAAGCAAGGCUUGUGCUGCACCUGCUGCAAGUACACAGUCCACGGCCGCUGCGCUAACAGGAACCCAGCCCCCUGUGCCAGAACCUAUGUGAAAUCCAAGAAAGAAACAGGGGUUUCAGCGCAUGACUGGGUGAGUGGGAACUGCGAAUCGAGGAAGUGUGACAAGUGCCAGAAGAAGAUCAAGAGCUUCCAAGGCCUUACGGGCAAACACUGCGUGUGGUGCCACUCCAUGCGCCACGACGCGUGCGCAGACGAAGAGCUGAGCGACUGUACGUGCGGCCCACUCCGAGACCACAUCCUUCCUCCAUGGGCCGUCUAUCCUGUCAUCAAGGAACGAUCAAACGGUUGUGCUGCUGAUGACGUUGAGCUCAACACAACUCCUGAUGGACAAAUUCUUGAGAUCAGCCCCGUGCCAAAUACCCACCCUCUUCUUGUUUUUGUCAAUCCCAAAAGUGGAGGCAAGCAGGGGGAAAGGGUCCUGCGUAAGUUUCAGUAUUUGCUCAACCCUCGGCAGGUGUACAACCUCUCCAAUGGUGGCCCAACCGCAGGCCUGAGUUUCUUCAGAAACCUUGAGGAAUACAGGAUCCUGGUAUGUGGCGGAGAUGGCACUGUCGGCUGGAUUCUGGACGCCAUUGACAAAGCCGGUCUGCUGGUGCGGCCGCCAGUUGCCGUACUUCCUCUAGGCACAGGAAAUGACCUCGCGCGAUGCCUGCGGUGGGGAGGAGGAUACGACGGUGAGGACCUGAAUAGGAUCCUAAAGGACAUCGAGGGGAGCUCUCAGGUUCUGAUGGACCGCUGGAGUGUGCAGGUCAUAGCGGAGGAGGGUGAAGAGAAGGGCGACCCUGUGCCAUAUGAAAUCAUCAACAAUUACUUCUCCAUCGGAGUGGACGCCUCCAUCGCACACCGCUUUCACACCAUGAGGGAGAAACAUCCUCAAAAAUUUAACAGCAGGAUGAAGAACAAGCUGUGGUAUUUUGAAUUUGCCACCUCAGAGACUAUCUCGGCUUCCUGCAAGAAACUGAACGAAAGUCUAACGAUAGAGUGCUGCGGCACUCCUCUGGAUCUCAGCAGCCUGUCUCUGGAGGGUAUUGCUGUCCUAAACAUUCCCAGCAUGCACGGCGGGUCCAAUCUCUGGGGUGAGACCAAGAAGGCGGACGUUAAGGGGCUGACUGGUCAGGACGAGCUUGACGUGAUCGUGGACCCAGAAAUCCUGAAAGUGACCGGCCAAGACUUGAGCGACCGUAGACUGGAGGUGGUCGGCUUGGAGGGUGCCAUGGAGAUGGGCCAAAUUUACACGGGCCUGAAGAGCGCCGUGAGGCUGGCGAAGACAGCGCAGCUCAUCAUCAGGACCAAGAAAGCGUUGCCGAUGCAGAUCGAUGGAGAGCCGUGGAUGCAGCCGCCCUGCACGAUUCACAUCACACACAAGAACCAAGCUAGUAUGCUGAUGGCUCCUCAGGCCAAAGCAUCCGGGUUCUUCAACUACAAAUAAAACCAGACGCUCUGUCUCCUGGCACUAUACUAAAGUUAAAUAUAUAUAUAAAAUAUAAAAAUCUGGAAAAUGGAAAUUCCAAAGCUACAUUUUCUUUUUUGUUUAAAGGUUGAAAUGCCCUAUCAGAAAAAAAUAAUAGACUAUCACAGGAAAUUGGUCACCUUUGUCAAAAUUGGAUAUCUAUCAGUUAAUCAGUGACGAAAUAUUCUGAUGACAAAUUAACUAUUUAUUUUUUAGUAUUUUUUUCAUCUUCUAUAUUUUAUUCCAAAUUUCCAAGAAUGUCAACAAAUACAGGAAAACUGGAAUUUCAAUUUUCCCAAUUUCAACUUUCUUUACAAUACGAAUUACACUAUGGCGCCUGGACCGCUCUACUCCACGUACUUGAUUAUUGUAUAUAAUCAACUGACAUGUCUUAGUCUAUAACAUCAUGCUGUGUAGAUUCAUUGCAUUGUGAGAAUAAAAAAAAAAGAAGCUCUUAUUCAAUCCAAUCAACGCCUCCAAUGCUUCAGGUAAACUCCGCUGUGGAGGAACUUAACGUCAAUGUGCUUCGAGAAGGACAGCGAGUGCAUUUUCGACUGCUUCUGCCUAAAUUGGUUAAACACACUGGGAACUGUGCAAACAUGUGGUUGUUGUAUUUGGGGCUGUAAAGCUAUCUUACAAUAAUAACAAUAAUGAUAAUAAUACAUUUCCAGAGGACCAUGGGCUAAGGAUUGAAUGUGGCCGAAAUAAUGUUAAGGCUUUCAUACAUUUAAGAGGAAAUGUCUGCAAGUCUGUGUGUGUGUGUGAUGUCUCAUGCUAGAUGGACAUAAGCUCAUUUAUUAGACUUAGCCCUCCAAUAUCAGCUAUAAAUGCAAUUGUUCAGGUUUAAAUGAGGAUGUUUGUGUGUCUACUAAUGUACUCCUAUAUGAAAAUGUUUACGUCACUAUGUAAAAGCUCUAUGGAGUCAAAUCAUUUCAGUACACCAAGAGGGUGUUGUGACUGCAGUAUGCCUGAAGCGACAGAAUGUGCAAUGACAUUUAAUAAAAGAAAAGGAAAUUG